AUGGCAGACAAAAAAAAGGUCGAUCUGGGUCUUCUAGAAGAAGACGAUGAAUUCGAAGAGUUUCCAGCAGAGAAUUGGGGCACGGAGGACGCUGAUGAUGAAGAUGUCUCCGUCUGGGAAGACAAUUGGGAGGACGACAUUGUUCAAGAUGAUUUCAAUCAACAAUUAAAACAACAAUUGGAGAAGCUAAAGGACAAGAACAAAGCGUAA